AUAAUUAAUUAUAUUUUUUUUUAAAUAAUUAUAAAAUUUUUAACAUAAAGAAACCAAAAGAAAUGUAAAAACUUUUUUUUGAUUUAAAUUAAAAAAAAACAUUUUUUUUUUUUAACAGUAAAAUAAAAAAUUGUGUGUAUAUAUAUUAAUUAAAUAAUUAAAAUAGUUAUAAUAAAUUGUAUUAAAAGAAACUCGAUUAUUUUUGAUACAUAAUAUUUUUAUUUAAAUAUUUAAAAAUAGUUUAUAGUUUUAUCGAUUUUUGUUAAUAAAUUCCCCAAGUAAAAUUCUAUAUCGAAAUGAUUUGAAAAAAAAAACUUUUUUUUUUUUUAAUUUAUUUUAAUUAAAUGCUUGUAAUAUAGACGCGACAGUUGCACACACCUAGUAAAGGAGUGAUAAAAAAAAAUCGGUCGCAAAAAAAAAAGAAAUUAAAUUAAAAUUAAUCAUGAAUUUGGUAAAAAUUGCUUUUUGUAUUUUAUCCCUUUACAUUGGAAUUAAUGGAAUAAUUAUUUAUUAUUUUAACAAUUAUUUGCCGGAUGUUAUUAAACAAUUUUUUAACUAUGGAAAAUAUAAUUUGAAUAUGCGAAGUCAAUUUAUUUCCAAGCUUGAGCUGCCAAAAAAGUGGUUUGGACAUUUUUAUAUCGUCACAGCUCCACUUGCCAUAUAUUCUUUAUUUUUGACAGUUAACAAAUAUUUUUACAAUGAAAAUAUUCCGGAAAAUAUUUAUUUUAUUUUAGAUUUAUUAAUGGGACACAAUAGAAAACCAUUGGUAUCUUUGCCGCAAACAAUUCUUGCAUUAUUUUUGAUAUCCACUCAUCUUAUAAGGAGAAUUUACGAAACUCAAUUUGUGAAUGUUUUUAGCGAUUUGAAAAUAAAUAUUUUUCACUAUAUUGUCGCAUUUUUUCAUUACUUUAGUUUCAUUGUUGCUAUUUUGGGAGAAUCGGAAGGAUUAGUUAGAGGAUUUGAGCAAAAUUCUCAUAAUACAUUGAAAGCAAAACAUUUGAUAGCGGCAAUAAUUUUUCUCUGGAUGAGUUAUCAACAAUUACAAACAAAUAUUAUACUUGCAAAUUUACGAAAAGACAAAAAAGGAAUUGUCGUGACAAAGGAACAUAAAAUACCACGAGGAGGACUUUUUAAUUAUAUUUCCUCUCCAUUACAAUUCACCGAAAUUGGAAUGUACACGGCCAUACAAAUAAUAAUAAAUGAAAGUAAAACGUAUUAUAUUUUUUGUAUGUGGGUCGUCAUUAAUCAGUUUAUAUCCGGUCUUUUGUCGCAUCAAUGGCAUAAAACAACUUUUAAAAAUUAUCCACCAUCUCGUAAAAUUUUAAUUCCUUAUUUAUUUUAAAUAAUUGUGAAUUUUAUAUUUGAAAAAAAUAAAUUUAUUAUUUGAAAAAGUGAA